UUCCGGCCGCCGGCUUGGAAAAAGAGUUAUGGCUAAACAUCAUCCAGAUUUGAUUUUCUGCCGCAAGCAGGCUGGUGUGGCUAUCGGAAGACUGUGUGAAAAAUGUGACGGCAAGUGUGUGAUCUGUGAUUCCUACGUGCGUCCCUGCACCCUGGUCCGCAUAUGUGAUGAGUGUAACUAUGGAUCUUACCAGGGCCGGUGUGUAAUCUGUGGCGGCCCCGGAGUCUCCGAUGCCUACUACUGUAAAGAGUGCACCAUUCAGGAGAAGGAUAGAGAUGGUUGUCCAAAGAUUGUCAAUUUGGGGAGCUCUAAGACAGACCUGUUCUAUGAACGCAAAAAAUACGGCUUCAAGAAGAGGUGAUGGGUGGGUGGCUCCUUCCUCCCCCAUCAAACUGCUGCAGCUGCCAGAAUAGACGCCUACUACCACCGCCUAAAGGGAACGGAGCUGAGUGUCACCAGAGCAGCCUGCUAGUGCUAGUGUCCUGGCCCCUGCCACUAGCAAGUGCCCAUGGAGCAUCUGGCAGACUGGAGGAGACGUUGCUCGCUUAGUCCCUAGUUCCCUUUUUGUUUUGAGUUGGAAAAGCAAGGCUCUGUUCUCCACAUUGAUCCUUUCAACUCAAAAGCCUCAAAACAAGUUGGUGUGUGUCCUUGGUGAUGAAACUGUCCCGGCAGAAGUGUGGUCUUGCAGCAGCUAUGAUGGGGUUGUCCUGUGACCCUCAGUGUGGCCAGGUGUGACCUGAACAGUAAUGUGACCUGACAAUUUGCAGGUGGUGCUGGGCUCGUGUUAUUUUCCUUGUAAGUUGGAAGUUUCAAUUACGCUAAUAAAGUUGGCUACCUUCCCCGUUAACUUUGAACGUCUACUUUUAGUCAUCUAGGUUUUGGUGACUAGAACCAACCUAGAGGCUGUGGGGCUAAUGAUGGACGGGCAGACUGGAGGAGACGUUGCUCGCUUUGCCCUCUCAUGGAAAGAACUCAGAGGACCCUGAGGGUGAAUGAGGCCAUUUUAGUUUUAGGGUGUUUUUUUUUUUCCAUAUCCAAAUUUUUAUUUUUGUCUCACUCAAUAGCUCAGGCUGGCCUGAAAACUAUUGGUGAUCCUCCUGCCUUAGCCUUUAGAGUCUUGACAUUUCAUAUGUAAAUGACCAGACCUGAGUUUUCUAAUACCGAUUUCAAAGAGAUGUCCUACAGUAAUGGUGAGGAAAAUAAGAUAAAAUUAGGUUGAUUAAUUAGAGGAACUUUGGUUUGUUUCCUGCAGUGUAUAUAAUUUAUUUGAAGGGUAUGUUUCCUUUUUUAAAAAAUGUAAGAUUUUGUGUAUGAAUGUUUUGUUUGCAUGUAUGUAUGUGUGCAUGCUUGGUACCUAGAGUUAAGGGCAGCAGACACCCCUGGAGUUCUGGGUGGAUAUGAACUACCAUGUGAGUGCUGGGAAUCAAACCUAGGGCCUUUUCAAGAGCAACGGUCAUCUCACCAGCCCCAACAAAUAUCUUGUAAAUUACCCAAAUUAGAAAAUUCAGCCAUAUCCAUCUAUGUGGGUCAGUUCAUUGCUGCCUACUGAUGGGAGAGUUGUCAGGGAGGGCGUUGGCCUUGUUUGUACUCCAACCUAGUAACAAAGUCAUGGCAAGAAAUAAACUUUUAAGGGUUUUGGUUUGAGUCC